GAAAACCAACAAGAACAAAAAAGCGCAAAACCAACUAAACAAACAAAAAAGGCAACAACAACAACAACAAAAAAGCAAAACAAAAAGCAACGAAGUUUGCCUCAUCCUCACACCACGCCAGGAUAGAGAGCUCGCCUUGGCAACACUCGAUGAAGGGCAGCAGAGACCGGUGCAAGUUCUGAUGGAUUAUCGUGGCUCGCCCGCGGUGCAGGAGCAGCCCCGGCGCCCCGGUCCCUCCGCCCGCUCCUAGCGCCGGGCUCCGGCCGCGCUCCCUCCGCGCUCCCCUCCGCACCCGCGGGGCUCCGCCGGGGGCUGAGCUCUCCGCCGGUCCCCUUUCCUCUGCCUUUUUUUUUGGUGUGUUGUUUUUUUUUUCCUUCUUUUUUUUAUUAUUUUUCUUCCAUUUUUUCCUGCCUUGACUUGUAACCCCCGACUCUUCGCAGAUGUUAGUACACAGUUUUUCGGCUAUGGAGCGCCACGACAGUACCAGCAACGGGACAGCCCGGCUACCCCAGCUGGGGACCGUGGGUCAGUCUCCCUACACUAGUGCCCCGCCGCUCUCGCACACCCCCAACGCCGACUUCCAGCCCCCCUAUUUCCCCCCUCCUUACCAGCCCAUCUACCCUCAGUCUCAGGACCCCUACUCCCACGUCAACGACCCGUACAGCCUCAACCCCCUUCAUGCCCAGCCACAACCCCAGCAUCCAGGAUGGCCAGGACAGAGGCAAAGCCAGGAGACUGGGCUACUUCACACGCACCGGGGGUUGCCCCAUCAACUUUCGGGGCUCGACCCACGGAGGGACUACAGGCGACACGACGACCUACUGCAUGCCCCGCACGGACUGGGCUCCGGGCUGGCCGAUCUACCCCUCCACUCCAUCCCCCACGCCAUCGAGGAUGUGCCGCACGUAGAAGACCCCGGUAUUAACAUCCCAGAUCAAACUGUAAUUAAGAAAGGCCCCGUGUCCCUCUCCAAGUCUAACAACAACGCCGUCUCCUCCAUCCCCAUCAACAAGGACACGCUCUUCGGCGGGGUAGUGAACCCCAACGAGGUCUUCUGCUCGGUGCCGGGCCGCCUCUCGCUGCUCAGCUCCACCUCCAAGUACAAGGUCACGGUGGCGGAAGUGCAGAGACGCCUCUCGCCUCCCGAGUGCCUCAACGCCUCCCUGCUGGGCGGAGUGCUACGGAGGGCGAAGUCUAAAAACGGAGGGAGAUCGCUGAGGGAGAAACUGGACAAAAUAGGAUUAAACCUGCCAGCUGGGAGGCGUAAAGCUGCUAACGUUACCUUGCUCACGUCGCUCGUGGAGGGAGAAGCAGUACAUCUCGCUAGAGAUUUUGGGUACGUUUGUGAGACAGAGUUUCCUGCCAAAGCAGUAGCUGAAUUUCUCAACCGACAACAUUCCGAUCCAAACGAGCAAGUCACAAGAAAAAACAUGCUUCUAGCUACAAAACAGAUCUGUAAAGAGUUCACCGACCUGCUGGCUCAGGACCGAUCUCCCCUGGGUAACUCACGGCCCAACCCCAUUUUGGAGCCGGGCAUCCAGAGCUGCCUGACCCACUUCAACCUCAUCUCGCACGGUUUCGGGAGCCCGGCGGUGUGUGCUGCCGUCACCGCCCUGCAGAACUAUCUCACCGAGGCGCUCAAGGCCAUGGACAAAAUGUACCUCAGCAACAAUCCCAACAGCCACACAGACAACAGCACCAAAAGCGGCGACAAAGAGGAGAAGCACCGAAAGUGAGGAUUUCUACCCCCUUCCUCCUCUCCCUUCCCCCUCAUAGCCCAUCGAUCCAUUCAUCUCCCUCCUCCCUCACCCCUGCACCCAGCACCCGCAGGCUACAGCAACAGAAUGAGCGUCCUUCUGCCAAUCGUGUUCACUGACUCUGCGGGACUGCUCUGCCCUCUCCCCGCACCCCAUCCCAGCAUCCACAUUUCCAUUUGCUCCCUCUUAACUUGCCCCACAACGUUCCUCCUCUCCCUGUUGCUGCCACCAUCGUUUUUGCCCCAGUUUGGAGCCUAAAAAGAACAGAACAGGCGGACGGAGCCAGCAAAGGAGAAAAACAAUGUUCUGUCUUGAGUUUGUGAACUUCUUUUUUUAGAUAAAACAAAA